GGGAUGCAAGACCGCUUCCAUACCAGAUCAGAGCCUCGCAUGUAUAAUACAAGCAAUUUUGGCAUGAAUACGAUUCGUGAUAGCAUGAUAACAUGCGCUAUUCCAAGGUACGGACGAAGGGGUUCAUCUAGUCAAAUCCGAGUUGUGCAAGCUAUCUUCAUCGCUGUCCUGAUCACCAAGGAGCUUAUGCACCAAUACUUUCUGGCCCAUUGACGGCCUAUCCCUUGACGACUCGACUCGGCGGGGGCUCCUCAGUAUCAUUGCGCCGUAGCAUCCUGCCACAAUCUAGGAUUCUUGCUGCAGCACUUCCUCCGUACUUCACAACGGCAGUGUCCUAACCGGCUUUCCAGUAGUCACUACACCUCUUCUUUUCUCUCCUCUGCUUUCUCCUCUCUCUUCUCCUCCAUCUUCCUCCCCUCAAAAACCAGCGUCAUAACGCCCCCCAACACCCCCUCCUGCUUAACCUCCCC